ACUGUCUUCACCAAUGCUAAGAAUCGGCUUCAACAGUAGUUUACAAUCUCGGCUCUUUGUUCGUCGCAUAGGUAACUUCCCACCCUUGCAUGCCAGCCAAGGAACGGUGAAUGGGUUUGCACCCACCGCCAAACCUUUGGGAGUUGACAAAACCCUUGAGAAUAAUAUCAUAAGUGACACCAACCGGUUGUCCAAGACAAUGACUAAGUUUUGGGACAAGGUCGAUACUUCCUACAACGAGGAUAUCAAAAAGUACGAGAUCCAAUUGGAUGGGAAGACCUUGAAAACCCCCUUGGGAUUCCCCUUGGCUUUGCCGGAAGAUAAAAAGUACUUUGCCCAUUUGAUCCAACACGAGUGGAGUAAUUUACCCAACUUGAAGAUCCAAACCAACUCCAUGCCUUUAACUUCGAUUGCCGCCAGAUCCAUCGACUUGCAGGCUGCUCAUGAGAAAUUCGAAGAAGACCGUGACUUGGCUGCCAAAGUUGGAAGAUUAGAGGAUGUCAAGCUCAACAUGUUGAGGUACUUGGAUACCGAUACAUGUCUUAUUUUCACCACUUUGGAUGAGUACGAAGGAAAGUUGAGGGCCAAGCAAGAUGAGUUGUACCUUCCCUUAAUCGAAGAACACGAGGACUUCUUCACCAAAUGGGCCUUACAAAGAGGAAACCUUUUACCCUCUCAUGAUGCUAAAGUCACUUUACAAUAUUUAGACUGUGAGACCGACGGCUUGCGAGGAAACCGUCAGACCAUCACUACGCAGAAUGUGGUGUUGGACUGGGUAAACCACUUGUCAACGUUUGAGUUGGUGGCCUUAGAGAAGGCCAUCUUGACCUCCAAAUCUUUUCUUUGUGGACUCAGUUUAUUAAGGUCCAGCGUUUCAAGCCCAGAAAAGCAACAACAGUUGUACCAGGUCAACAAAGACAAGCUUGAAGACCACUACUUCAAGACUAUUGACGAAAUCAUUGAACUUGGAAAUCUUGAAACCAUUUUCCAAACCAACCUCUGGGGUGAAGUUGAAGAUACCCAUGAUGUCGAAAAGGCCGAUUGGUUGAGAAGCUUGACAAGUGCCGCCCUAUUGUGUCAUUGAGGCAGAAAGUGUAAAUAUGACCUACAUGUAUAUAUCAAUAAACAAAUAUUCAUAUCUGACAAGGCCGAAAUGUCAGGGACUCGCAUUUCCAUCCCGCGCAAUAGAAGAAGAAGUUGUUUACUGACAACGAACUUAUUAUUUUGUCCCACCUGCAACAGUCCAGCUUAAAGGUACAUUCAAGUAGCAGAAGUCCAAAAAGUGGCUACUAAGCGUGAACUUGAAUACUCCCCUACCCCCGUUAGCCCUCCUAGAGCUUUUUACAACCAUAUCUACUCAGGCUUUUAUCUUGACGCGUUGACACAAGGGUUCGUCGAAACAGUUCCACAAGCCAUGGCAAGUGCAAUGGUGAUGACCACAAACGGUAAUGGACGAGUGAAACAAGAAGAACAAAACGAUGUUGUUCAUCCCUCACAAGAGUCGGAACAACAUAAUCCUACCCCCAGUAAAUCACAAGACCAUCCUACUUGGGAAAACCAUAAUGAAAAUGACAAGCAACAAAGCCACAGUCCUCAUAACGAAUCAACUAAUGAGGUCAAACAAGAAGUAAUAGAUACCAUAGGCACGAAGAUGCAGCGAAGAGUGAAAGUAUAUCUAUUGAAGGAAGAUAGUUGGUUGGACCAUGGGACUGGAUUUUGUACUGGUGAAAUAGACCGAGACACCCAAAAACCGUACUUUUUGGUACGAAACGAGUUGAAUUUGGAGGAAAUAAUUUUGAAAGCCUUCUUGGAAGGCUCGACCCAGUAUCAAAGACAACAAGAUACCUUGAUUGUUUGGACCGAUCCUUCUGGUAAGGAUAUUGCCUUAUCGUUUCAGGAAACUGAGGGCUGCGCAGACUUGUGUGAGUUCAUAGUGAAGGUCCAACAAGAUAGUCUCAGUCCGGAUAUUUCCCUAUACUACGUGAUAUCAAGCAACCAGGCGGAUGAAAAUGGAAAUUCUGGAGAUAUAACUGAACUCAUUACCGGUCCCAUGGUGUAUCCUGAUUUACCAACAACCUCGAACUUGGAGGAUGUUUUGGAUACUUUGAACCAAAGUUCCAUGUCCAACUAUUCUAAAAGCUGUAUGCUGAAAUACUUGAUUGACAAAUCAUAUUUUAUAAAGAUACUAGAAGCUUUCAAACAAUCAGAGGAUGAACACAAUUUAAUAAACCUUUAUUCAUUGAGUGAGAUUGUCAAGACCUUAAUUUUGUACAGUGAAAGUGCAAUUCUCCAAGAUAUGUUAUCCACCGAAGAGAACAUCUUGGGAGUGAUUGGAAUAUUGGAGUAUGAUGCCGAAUUUCCCAACCAAAAGUCAUGUCAUCGUCAAUUUUUGAAAGAAAAAGCCAACUUCAAAAUGGUCAUCAAUCUCCCGGUCGAAAACGAUGAGUUGGGGUUGAACAUAUUUAAGAAAGACUUCUAUUAUACGUUUCUAAAAGACGUUAUAUUGGCUAGGUUCAUCGACGAUCAGACAUAUAAUUUGUUGAAUGCUUUGAUUCAUCUUAACCAAAUUGCAUUGCUUGACUUCCUAAGAGAUAGUGAAAAGAAUAACCAUUUCUUAGAGAAAUUGUUCGACUUCUAUAAAGGCACAGGCGAUGAAGUUGACAUCACCUUACAAAGAAAUGGUGUCAAACUUUUGCAUCAGUAUGUCUUAUUAACUAAAAACUUCGCAUCCAACCAAAGAACCAUGUUCUUCUCAGAAUUGAUUCUGCAUGGUUUAAUCGAUAUGAUCAAGUUCUCAUUGAAUGAUGAUGAUUCGCCUAUCAAGGCCUUGGGUACGGAAUUGAUAGUCAGUAUUAUUGAACAGGAUGUAUCCCUUGUGAACUCAAUUAACGACGGUGAAUCCAUUGAUAAUUCCGAACCUCCAAUGGAUUAUGCAUCCACCAUCGAAGCCAAACAGCCUGAUCAGAGUAAGGAUGAGUCCAAUCAAGAAAAAGAUAUUGGCUUGAAGCUCUCCGAUGACAUGACUUUAAUGACACUCUUGACUCAGUUAUUGUUGAAUGAGAAGAACUUUGGGCUCAAGACACAGGCAUUUGAAGCAUUGAAAGUGUUAUUAGAUCAGAAUAUCGGCAAGAUCGAUGAAAAUGGGGCUAUUCCAGAUUAUGGAGCAUCAAAUAGUAGUGGAAGUGAUAUCAGCACCGAAGACUAUUUCAAGGCAUUCUAUAGUGAGGUUGCACCAAUAUUGUACAAAAACUUAAUUGAGUUGGGUAAUACCAAAGAAGUCACUGAAGAGCUCAAACAUAAGAUCAAGAGUGACGAGUUGUUAUACCAGCAGUUAUGUGAAUUAUUCUCCUUCUGCCUUUUAACUCACAAUAAAAACUUACACAGACGCUUCUUCCUUGACCAGAACAUUCUCCUUGGAAUAAGU